ACUGGAGGGUGGAGGAUGGCAGUGCAGGGGGCCAGAGGGGGGGUAAGAAGGGGCUGUCCCACUCUCCUUCCUCUCUCUCUUCUGUCUUUCCCUUUCUCCCUCCCUCCCUCCCUCCCUGCAUGUGUUCAGCUGCUCCAGCUGUCGGUCUCCCCACUCACUCUCUCAGGGUCAUACAGGCAGGAGUUGAGGGACCACUUCUGUACGCCAACUCGGCCAGAGCGGCCACCGAUCAGAGGGGACACCGGCGGACGGAAGACGGAGCUACGAGACUCAUCAGUACUUCUUUGCUGCUCUGCAUCAUUUCUGACACCAGCUGCCAGGCUCAUCUCAUCUGAUAGUUGUGUGUUUGAAUGCACAGAUGGGUAUCGUUGGGACCCUCAGAUUGAGCACUGCAAAGACAUAAAUGAGUGUGAGACCAUUCCAGAUGCGUGCAAGGGGGAAAUGAAGUGCUUCAACCACUACGGAGGGUACCUUUGCCUUCCCCGCUCCGCUUCGCUCAUCCCAGCCCCAGAGCCUCAGAUAACUCCGACGGUGGCCUUUAACCCCUGCCCUCUGGGCUACGAACCCCAGGGAGACAGCUGCGUGGAUGUUAAUGAGUGCGAGCGGCAUGAAGAUGACUGCCAGCCGAGCCAGGAGUGUAUCAACACCCUGGGUGCCUUCACCUGCCAGUGUCCAGAUGGUUACCGCAAGGUUGGCACAGAGUGCAUUGACAUCGACGAGUGCAGGUACAGGUACUGCCAACAUCGCUGUGUCAACAUUCCCGGUUCCUUCUCCUGUCAGUGUGAACCUGGAUUCCAGCUGGCUGGAAACAACAGAUCGUGCAUUGAUGUGAAUGAAUGUGACAUGGGUGCCCCCUGCUCUCAGAGGUGUUACAACACAUAUGGCACCUUCCUCUGUCGCUGUGACCAAGGCUACGAACUGGGGUCUGACGGCUUUACCUGCAGCGACAAUGAUGAGUGCAGCUAUUCCAGUUACCUCUGCCAGUACCAGUGUGUCAACGAACCAGGGAAGUACUCCUGUGUGUGCCCAGAAGGAUACCAGCUGCACGGCAGCAGAUUAUGCCAAGAUAUAAAUGAAUGCGAAACAGGGACGCAUCAGUGCACCGAGUCGCAGACCUGUGUGAAUAUUCACGGACGAUAUCAGUGUGUUGACGCCAACCGAUGUCAAGAUCCUUACAUACAAGUGUCAGAGAAUCGCUGUGUGUGUCCUGUCAACAAACCCACCUGUCGAGAUCUUCCCUUUUCAAUCGUCCACCGUUAUAUGAGCAUCACAGCAGAGCGUUCUGUCCCCUCGGAUAUCUUCCAGAUUCAGGCCACCAGCGUGUCUCGGGGGGCUUACAAUACCUUCCGCAUUCGCUCUGGUGAUGAUGAUGGAGACUUCUACAUCAGGCAAAUCAAUAACAUCAGCGCCAUGUUGGUGCUGGCUCGCGCCGUGUCUGGGCCCAGAGAGUACACGGUGGACUUGGAGAUGGUGUCAGUCAACCCAUUGCUCAGCUACCAGGGCAGCUACCAGACGAGCUCCGUCCUCAGACUCUCCAUCUAUGUGGGGCCGUACACCUUUUAAAGAAGGAGAAGAGUGGAGGGACACACAGACAGAUGGAGAGCGAUGAUAAGAAACAUAAAAACAAAAAAGUAAAGUGAAGCUGUAAAACGCUGCACAGGUCUAUUAAACCAGUCACUGUGAUGUUUUAGCUGUUUUUAGCGGUCAUCAGAAAAGCCACACAUUUGUCAACCCAUCGUAUUAAAGUGUGAGAAUAUAGAGAACAUGUAGUAAUAUGUUCCAGCAAUAAUGUCUCACACAAACAGCAGCUUUGAAAUAAUGAAUUCUUUUAAAUUUGCUCCUGAGCUGAUUUUAUUUUGUAUUUUUUUAAACGUUACACCUAUCAGACACCAUCGGUCUGUGUCACAGUAUGUCAAACGUGUACACAGGAUUUUCAUCAUCGCAUCUGUUUGGGUUGAGAAAUGCACGUGUCAUAUUUUCUGUCUCCCUUCAGGUGGAGUGAUUCACGCUGAGCGUCACUCCAUUAAUCCGCACUUACCACUUCACAUUUUUACCUUUGGUUCCGUUGUGUUUGUUGCUUUGUUCUUCUUGCCCCUAUUUUCUUCCUGACAGAUGUGACUCAAUAACCACUCAGAUCAGCCCUCAGCCUCCACACACUCCUCCUUCACCCUCCACCAUCCUGUCCUUUGUUCACACACUCACUUGCUGCCAUUUGUAGGUUGGUCACAUUACAGAUUGUGUUGUACUUUUCCUUUUUUUUUUUUGAUGGUGUGAUUAUUAAUUAUACAUUAUACAUUUUCAUCUGUGUGUGGUGGUGUAAUUAAAUAGACUUUCAAUGUUUCACUU